GAAGAGAACAAUAUCGUCCAGAAGAGAGCGGCUGUGUGCAACUCCCUCUCACAAGUCUUCCGUAGUCUGGGUUGCUACCCGUCGUCACAAGUCUUCCGUAGUGUGGACUGAGCAACUCUAAUUCUCUGAACAUGGUUCGCUCUCGAUUCAUCAAUUAUCUAGCAGAAACACCCAAAAGAUCCUAUCCUCCAUAUCUUUCGUCUUCUAAAGCAGCAACUGUUUUCACCAGAUCGAACUCUAGUUUGCACAAAACGAUCGAAAACCCAGUUAUCUUUCUCACUCCAAACAAUGAAAUCCCAUGUGGUUCUUUAAGGGGUUCUCAUUUAGGUUUCUACAGAUCAAUCCACAGUCGUUCGGUGCAGACCCAAAAUGUUGUUGGGUCCAAUGACCAAAAUCAAGAUACUGUGACUGAUAAAAUUGUCCAAGACACUGAAAGAAUUUGUAAAUUAGUUUCAAAAAAUUCCGAUUCAAGCCUUGGGGCCUCACUGGAUGGAGCUUCAAUCGAGGUGUCGCCGACUUUGGUGGUAGAAGUUUUGAAGAGGCUAAGUAAUGCAGGUGUCCUCGCGCUGUCGUUCUUCAGAUGGGCCGAGAAGCAAAAGGGAUUCAAGUACACUACAGAUUGCUACAAUGCUUUGAUUGAAUCGCUGGGAAAAAUCAAGCAGUUCCAGAUGAUAUGGAACUUGGUUAAUGACAUGAAGCGUAAAGGUUUAUUGAAUAAAGAUACUUUCGCAUUGAUUUGCAGGAGAUACGCAAGAGCCAGGAAGGUGAAGGAAGCGAUUGAUGCAUUUGAGAAAAUUGAGAAAUUUGGGUUGACACUUGAAUCGUCAGACUAUAAUAGGUUGAUUGAUACUUUGAGCAAGUCGAGACAUGUAGAGAGAGCACAAGAGGUGUUUGAUAAAAUGAAAAAGAGAAGGUUCGUACCAGAUAUCAAGUCAUAUACGAUAUUGCUAGAAGGGUGGGGUCAAGAGCAGAAUUUGCUGCAAUUAAAUGAAGUUUACAGGGAGAUGAAGGAUGAGGGUUUCAACCCUGAUGUUGUGACGUAUGGUAUUCUUAUGAAUGCAUAUUGUAAGGCUAAGAAGUAUGAUGAGGCUAUUGGGUUGUAUCGUGAAAUGGAGGCGAAGAAUUGCAAGCCUAGCCCUCACAUUUUCUGUACUUUGAUAAAUGGGUUGGGUUCAGAGAGGAGGUUGGAUGAAGCCAUUCAGUAUUUUGAGCUGUCUAAGGUACAUGGUUUUGUCCCCGAGACACCCACUUUCAAUGCUCUUGUGGGGGCUUAUUGCUGGUCAAUCCGGAUGCAUGAUGUGUAUAGGACAGUUGAUGAGAUGAGAAAAUGUGGGGCUGGCCCGAAUUCUCGAACUUAUGACAUAAUACUCCAUCACCUGAUAAAGGCUCGAAGAACUAAAGAGGCAUAUUCAGUCUUCCGAAAAAUGAGCAGUGAGCCAGGCUGCGAGCCAACUGUUAGUACCUAUGAGAUUAUUGUAAGGAUGUUUUGCAAUGAGGAGCGCAUAGAUAUGGCGAUGAGAGUUUGGGACCAGAUGAAGGCCAGUGGCGUUCUUCCUGGAAUGCAUAUGUUUUCUACAUUGAUUAACAGCUUGUGCCAUGAGAAUAAGUUGGAUGAGGCUUGCAGGUACUUUCAGGAGAUGCUUGAUGUGGGUAUUCGGCCACCAGCACAAAUGUUCAGCAAUCUGAAACAAGCUCUUCUUGAUGAAGGGAGGGAGGAUACUGCUUUAAGCUUGGCUCAGAAGAUCGAUAAACUAAGGAAACGGCCAUUAGUUGGUACUGGACACUGAAUAGACAACUGGUGGUGGUGUGUGCUGAUCGCUGCUGAGGACAGACCCGGCUUGAUAGAAUCUUCUUGUAGUACAAGAUUAUUGGCGACCCAUAUGUUUCUGUGUGUCGAAUAAUCUUCUUUUUUAAAAUAUUUAUUUGUAUGCAAGAGUGUUUAUACUCUUGGUUGUGAAACAAUAGGGACAUGUUGCGCCAAGUGUUUAGGAUCAUGUUUGAUUUGACAAGGAGACACCCAUGGUUAGACCUUUCU